AUGGAAAGGGUCACAAAGAUCAUUUUCUGCACGGCCAAAGAAGUGAGAGAGGAGCGACAGCAGCAAGCUAAAAGAGAACCCGAGAUCAUGCAGCUAAUUCGAAGGGGGGAAGCCGAACAAUCUAACGAGAUAGCUGCCAUUCAACACUCCAAUAUUGACUUGGAAAUGGUUCUGAGCAAGGAUCAAUCAUUGACCGUCAGGGUUCAAGGACGUAUAACUACAUUAUGCCCGCUUUGGGUUGGAUGUAUCGCGACCAUCCUUAACUCCUCGUUGUCAUUGCUAAUCUCCAGUCCUGUGCACUCGAGAGGAUCUCCCCUCUCCCAUUCUGACUGCGAUGCUGAGAAUGACGAGCGUAUUGACAAUGGAGAUCAUGUCACAUUUCCCCUGCAGCGUGCAUUCUGGAGUAAAACGACAUAUGGGCUGGACCAAAUGAGGUUGCAACUUGGGCACUCUGUGACAUUAUCAUCAGCAAAUGCGUCAGUUCUCGCCCGAAAGCAGUACACUGCGUCAUCGACGGCGUGGCCUGCUUUGAGAAGAUCUCCUUGUGAAUUCGUCAUGGAAGUGACUGUUGACUGGCUCCAGUAUGUUGUAGGACAUGAAACCUCAGAGGCCACCUGGCAAAGCAGCAGGCAGUUUUGGCAGAGAGUAGACGCUGAGCUGCCCAACACAUCAUUUUCAGCUCUCAUCGCCUCAGUUGAUCUCAAGUCGGUGUAGAGGUCGUAUUUCGCGUCAAGGCCGACAAAUCAUCCGUUUUGAAAGCACCCCCGGAUGAUGAAACAGGAUGACGAGGAUGAAGCCUAUGACGAAG